CCUCACCUUGGCUUCCGCUAAGCCACAGCGACUCACCCCGCGCGUCAUAGCUGGGCUGCUGGCUAACACUGGUGCCACCGACACCCCCCGAAGAAGCCCGCCCAAAACGCAGGGCCAGCCGAAGUGGGCGGGUUGGGGGUCGCGCUGCUACAGUUUCGAAGCACUGAUACCAGCCAGCAACCACCACCACUACCACCUCUCACAUCCUGAACAACGACCAAAGCGACGCACACCCUUCCUUUCUCUUCCUACAACCCGCGACCUUCCCUCUCGAUACACCCAGUAUAAAGAGAGGUUUGUGAUAACCUACCCGACGAACGCACGUAUACGACGGCACUGCAAGCCAUCGAGGCCCCGAUAUCUAUCAAUCGAGAGACGCAUAUACAACCCACCAUAUAAUCGUAGCCUAGUGCUUGCUUAAUUCCGAAACCAUGGCUCAGGAUCCUCGCGCUCUGCUGCAAAAGGCAGACAAGACGCUCUCGAGCGCCGGUGGCGGCUUCAGCAUCUUCGGCGGCCGGGAGGAGAAGUACCAGAAUGCCGCGGACCUGUAUAUGCAGGCAGCCAACGCCUUUAAGAUGCAGAAGCUUAACCGCGAAGCAGGCCAGGCUUUCGAAAAAGCGGCCCAAGUACAGACCUCCAACCUCAAGGAGCCUGACGACGCCGCGAACACCCUCGUCGACGCCUUCAAGGCCUACCGCAAGGAGGACCCCGAGGCCGCCGUCCGCUGCCUCGAGGUCGCCGUUACGCAGUACUGCUCCAAGGGCAACUUCCGCCGCGCGGCGGGCCACAAGGAGGCGCUCGGCGAGCUGUUUCAGACGGAGCUUAGCGACUCGAAGCGCGCACUCGAGAGCUACGAGGCUGCGGCGGGGUGGUACGAGGGCGACAACGCUGCUGCCCUUGCCAACAAGCUCUGGCUCAAGGUAGCAGACGUGGCCUCGGAGGACGGCGACUACUACAAGGCCAUUGAAAACUACGAAAAGGUGGCCUCCGUCUCCAUCAACAACAACCUGAUGAAGUACAGCGUCAAGGACUACUUCCUCAAGGCCGGCAUCUGCCACCUCGCGACGGGCGACAUGGUGGCCGCCCGCCGCGCCAUCGAAAAGUACGCCGACAUGGACCCCGGCUUCGCCAACCAGCGCGAGGCCAUGCUGCUCAACGACCUGCUCGCCGCCGUCGAGGGUGGCAACCAGGAGGAGUUUACGGAUAAGCUGUUCCAGUAUGACCAGGUUAGCAAGCUCGACAAGUGGAAGACGACGAUGCUUGUGCGGGUGAAGAAUGCGAUUGAGGAGCCCGAGGAUGAGUUUGCCUAAGUUAUUGGUGGAGGUUAGGUCAGAGGAACGGAGUUGUCCAGCAUCGUUGGUGUUGAGCACGAUGAACGGCCGGAUGUGCCAAGUGAGAGGAUGAGAUUUUCUCUGGGAAGGAAAGUUGCCGAAACAUGGUAUGCUUACACGGAUGCGUUAGGGAUAGGGGGCGGAAAGGAAGAGAGUUUGCAACAGAGAGGACUCACUACACCAGAAGAAUCGGCAUGGUCUGCUUUUCCCGUUUGAAUAGAAAUCCAUAUCCACCACAUUUAGUGAACCAUGGCGUCAAGAGACAUGUGAUAACAUAUUCCAUGAUAUGAUAAUCACUUGGUCGCACCCCAUAUAAAUGCCCGGCAUCCACUUCGGGUCAGAGUCACGGUGGUAAGAGUCACGAUACAGAUAACGU